AUGGCCGACGAAGCUGAGCGAGAGACCGCACGUCUCUUUCGGGUCAGCAGGACGGCACACGAGCUCGUGCGGGAUCGGGGGUACGCCAUUGCAGACGAGGAGAUCGGCAUGAGCUUGGACGACUUCAAGCAGCAGUAUGCGGCGGGCGGAACGGCGAUCGACAAGGCAAAGAUCAACUUCUCAGCAGCAAAAGAGGGUGCGCCAGAAGAGCAGAUCUACAUCUUUUACGCGGAGGAGGCUUCGGUGGGCAUCAAAACGAUGCGGAAGUGCGUCGAGUUCAUCGACAUCCUGGAGAGUCAGAAGAUUCCUCGAGGAAUUCUCAUCUACAAGACCAGCAUGACCCCCUCAGCGAACAAGGUCAUCACGGCCAUGGCGCAGCAAUUCACAAUCGAGGCGUUCCAGGAGUCGGAGUUGCUCGUCAACAUCACCCACCACGUCCUCGUUCCGAAGCACGAGGUCCUGAAGCCGGAGGACAAGAAACUUCUUCUGCAGAAGUACCGCUUGAAAGACACUCAACUGCCGCGCAUCCAGCUUCACGACCCCGUCGCACGCUACUACGGCCUGAAGCGAGGACAGGUGGUUAAGAUCACGCGGCCCUCAGAGACGGCGGGGCGAUAUGUCAGUUACCGAUUGUGCUUGUGA